GCUGGGGACGUGGAGGUGGCACUGUCACCGCUGGGGCACGGGGACACCCUGAGGGACAUUGGGGUCCUUGGACACACCCCUGUGUCCUUCCCUUGGGGACCCCCAGGCCACCCUGACGUCCCCUGUCCUGUUUUGGGUCACCACAAUGUCCCCUAGUGUCCCCAGCAGGACAUCGGGCGACAUUUGGGCCCUGUUGGGGACAUGGGGGGACAUCAAGGCCUCUUGGAGACAUUCAGGGGACACUAGGGCCAUGUGGGGACCCUGAGGGGACAUGGAGGUGUGUCAAGGGGACAUCGGGCACCCCGCAGGUGGGGGGGGCGGGGCCAGGGGUGUGACGUCACCUCUUCCUGUUUACUGCCGCUGUGCAACGUUCCUGUGUGUCACCCAAGUGUCCCCCGGGCGUGUCCCGAUCCUGUCCCCUGAGGCCAUGGAGCCCCGUGAGCUGUUGGAGGCGCUGGUGGACGUGGUGGCCACACUUGGUGAGCUGGCAGCCACUGUGGCCAGGCCGUACGGGGAUGUGCUGCUGCAUGUGUCCCCAAGGUCCCUGCACAAGGCCCUGGAGACCUUCAUGGGUCACCUCCAGGACACCCUGAAGCACCCUGGUGAUGCCUCCCUGGCCGAGGCCCUGGCUGCCUUUGGGGCCACCCCGGGGGCCACCUGGGCCCAUGUGACAGCCGCAGCCAGUGCCUGGCGGGACGCGGUGGCUACACUUAAGGACAGCUGGGCCCGGCUGGCCCGAGAGGCCACCGAGCUCCGUGACGCCUGCAGGGAUGCGGCCACUGCCGAGGCCACCACUGCAGCCACCAGCAGCGCCCUGGCUGGAGACCUGCAGGACAAGGCCACCCGCUGGGGCAGAGCUCAGGACAACCUGGUGGCCAAAGCCUGGCGGCCGCGGCUGCCCCUAGCUAAGGAGAAGAUGGCCUCAGCGGAGUCUGCGCACGAGGCCCAGGUGGCAGCCGCCGCCAAGGAGACGGAGGCGACCACCAAGGCCAUGGAAGAGGCUGAGGUGGUCAGAAGCAAGGGGGAGGCGGCCACCAGGAGGGGACAGCGAGCCUUGAUGGCCAAAGUGGCCGAGGCUGAGCAGCUGUGGAAGGCGAGCAGCCUCCUGGCCAAGCGUCACCUGCUGGGAACACUUAGGGACAUCCACAGGCUUCUCUCGAUUACCCCUGGUGGCCCUGGUGGCCUCAGUGGCCUUGCGGUGGCCAUGCAGUGCCAAAAAGCCAUCAAGGACAUCCCGAGGCUGCUGCAGGAACAGUGA